UUUGUCAGCGCGUUCGUCACGCAGCGAGAUAAACAAAGCGGCAAAAGGAGAAGCGAAAUUAAUAGUUCACUAACAACAAAAAAAAAAACCGAAACGAAACGAAACUCCUCUGCAUACGUGUGUGCGUGACUGUGUUCGUGUAUUAGUGCAUUAGUGAGUGCGUGGGUGUGUGUGUGUGUGAGUACAUGCGAAAAUGGGACAAGAGGAUCAGGAGCUUUUGAUACGCGGCGGGGGAAGCAAGCACACCUCCGCAGAGCAGCUGCAUCACAGUCCUGGGGAAGGCGCCACUGGCCCUGUGGCAACAACAGCGCAGAGCUGCAUUAGCCAAAGCUUUGGCCAGACCAAGAACUAUGGCACAUUGAGCAGCAGCGGAGAAUUGCCCGAGACUCUCACCUACGCCUGGCACAACGUCGACAUCUUUGGCGCCGUCCAUCAGCCGGGCUCCAAUUGGCGCCAGCUCGUCAAUCGCACACGCGGUCUCUUCUGCAACGAGCGCCACAUUCCGGCUCCGCGCAAGCAUCUGCUCAAGAAUGUUUGUGGAGUUGCCUAUCCGGGUGAGUUGCUCGCUGUCAUGGGCAGCUCUGGAGCAGGUAAGACAACGCUCCUCAAUGCGCUCGCCUUUCGCUCGCCGCAAGGAGUUCAGGUCUCUCCCUCGAGUGUGCGUCUGCUCAACGGUCAGCCGGUGGAUGCCAAGGAGAUGCAGGCACGUUGCGCCUAUGUGCAGCAGGAUGAUCUGUUCAUUGGCUCGCUCACGGCACGCGAGCAUCUCAUCUUUCAGGCCAUGGUCCGAAUGCCACGUCAGCUGAGCUAUCGCCAGCGUGUGGCUCGAGUGGAUCAGGUUAUCCAGGAGCUGUCGCUCAGCAAAUGCCAGCACACGAUCAUCGGUGUGCCAGGUCGAGUGAAGGGUUUAUCUGGUGGCGAGAGGAAGCGUCUUGCCUUCGCCUCGGAGGCACUCACCGAUCCUCCGCUGCUCAUUUGCGAUGAGCCCACCUCGGGAUUGGAUUCGUUCACUGCGCACAGCGUUGUGCAGGUGCUGAAGAAGCUGUCGCAGAAGGGAAAGACCGUCAUCCUGACCAUCCAUCAACCGUCGUCGGAGUUGUUCGAGCUCUUCGACAAGAUCCUCCUCAUCGCCGAGGGGCGUGUCGCCUUCCUUGGCACGCCCAGCGAGGCCGUCGACUUCUUUUCCUACGUGGGCGCCCAGUGUCCGACCAACUACAAUCCGGCGGAUUUCUAUGUCCAAGUGCUGGCGAUAGUUCCAGGCCGCGAGGUGGAGUCGAGGGAGCGGAUUGGCAAGAUCUGCGAUAACUUUGCCAUCAGCAAAGUAGCUCGGGAUAUGGAACAGCUGCUGGCAGCAAAGACGCAGACGCAGCCGCUAGAGCAGCCGGAGAAUGGUUACACCUAUAAGGCAACCUGGUUUAUGCAGUUCCGAGCUGUACUCUGGAGAUCCUGGUUGUCGGUGCUCAAGGAGCCGCUGCUGGUCAAAGUGCGACUCAUUCAGACCACGAUGGUGGCUGUAUUGAUUGGACUCAUCUUUCUGGGGCAGCAGCUGACGCAAGUGGGCGUGAUGAACAUCAACGGGGCCAUCUUUCUCUUCCUGACCAACAUGACCUUCCAGAAUGUGUUUGCCACCAUCAACGUCUUCACCUCGGAGCUGCCUGUGUUUAUGCGAGAGGCACGAAGUCGACUCUAUCGGUGCGACACGUAUUUUCUGGGCAAGACUAUAGCGGAGCUGCCGCUCUUCCUCACCGUUCCCUUUGUGUUCACGGCGAUUGCGUAUCCGAUGAUUGGACUGCGAGCCGGCGCCUUGCACUUCUUCAACUGUUUGGCUCUGGUCACACUGGUUGCGAAUGUCUCCACCUCGUUUGGCUAUCUGAUAUCCUGCGCCAGCUCAUCCACAUCGAUGGCCCUGUCCGUGGGUCCGCCUGUCAUCAUUCCGUUCCUGCUCUUCGGCGGCUUCUUCCUCAACUCCGGCUCGGUGCCCAUCUAUCUGAAGUGGCUGUCGUAUCUGUCGUGGUUUCGCUAUGCCAACGAGGGACUGCUUAUCAAUCAAUGGGCUGAUGUGGAGGCUGGCGAGAUUAGCUGCACUUCAUCGAAUACGACAUGUCCGAGCUCUGGGAAAGUCAUUCUGGAAACGCUCAACUUUUCGGCUGCUGAUUUGCCCCUUGAUUACAUUGGAUUGGUUUUGCUCAUCAUCAGCUUUCGAGGAUUCGCCUAUUUAGCGCUGCGACUGCGUGCCCGACGCAAGGAAUAAAAAACAUCAUAUACAUACUAUAUAUAUAUACACAUGCAUACACUCUAUAUAUUAUAUAUAAACACUUUUUUUUUUUUUUUUAAUUGUUUAUUUGUGUUAAAUUGUUUAGCCCAUGAACCACAAAACUGCUGGAGAAAAGCAACAUUUACUGUUUAGUAUGCUUGGCAUUUUAAAUUAAAUAUGCUUUCUAUACGCAACGCCAACGAAAUUGUUAUUUCAAAUCUCUCAUUCAGUCAUUUAACAGGAGCCUCGCACAAUUUGAAUUGUAUUGUAAAUUUAAACUUGGCGCGCUCGAAAUUCACCAUCACAGCAAGAAAUUCAACACACACAAUACGCUACGUAACACACAGAGCAUUGGUGCGAACGGGAUAGCAGCACUAACACCACUAGCGCAGCUGGAUAAGCAUUGAAAAGAGCGGCGCGGCUAUAGUUAGCUAGCGUUGUUACGACGCAACAAGCGGCGGCGACCGGAGUUGCUGCUGUUGUCGCGAUUCCACCGCAUUGCUUUGUUGUUGGUAAAAUUCUCGCAAGAGAUAUUUUGUGUUUGCUGUCGUACUGCUGCUGCUGUUUUUUUUUUGUUGUCUGGGAGAGUGUGUGUGUGUUUAACUUUAAUCUAAUCGCAGACGCGUCGCCAAAACUAAGUCUCAAGUAGUUAAAAUUAACUGUCGGCCAGCAAAAGUACUGCACACGCUUUCCCCCGGUCAGCCGCCGUCAUCAACAAACAAAAACGUCGCGCGCGCGGGCAAUUGGAUCGCUUGGCUCUUCUAUUCAAUGUGUUGUGUGCAGUGUUGUGUGUUGUGCGGUUCAGUUCAGUUCAGUUUUAGUUAGCGUAUCGCGGCGUAAGCGACGCUCCGCUCCGCUCACAUUUAUUUUUAAACAAAACAAC